GUUCAUCACAAAAAAAGUUGCAAAGGUCAUAGGCCUAAGCAAUAUUUUGGAAAUCUGUUGUAAGCGUAGUUAGAUUAUCCCGGUACAAUGUCAGGCUACCAACUUCCACCCGAUUAUGGCUACUGUGCUUUGGUUGUCGCUGGAAGCUGGGGUGUAUUGAAUUAUUUAGGUUUUCGUGUCAUGCAAGCAAGAAAAAAGUACGAUGUUCAGUAUCCCAAUUUGUACAGCGAUACCAGCCGUGAAUUUAACUGUAUCCAGCGAGCGCAUCAAAACACACUAGAGGUGUAUCCCCAAUUUCUUGCCUUUCUUUUGUUGGGAGGGCUUCAGCUGCCUAGGCUAAGUGCUGGCUUUGGUGCUCUCUGGCUUGUCAGCAGGAUUGUUUAUGCUCAUGGCUACUACACCUUUGAUCCAUCCAAGCGAAACCGUGGAGCUUUUGGGUACAUCGGUUUUCUGGGCCUUUUGGUCAACACUGUCUUGUUUGGGCUCAACAGCACUGGCUUUAUCUAAACCUGCCUCAACUGUUUCUCAACUCGCAGUUAUGUUUUUUUCUGCCAAGCACCAAUUAAUUAGUUCAUUUUUUAUGUUUUUGUGAUGUAUAAGACUGUAGUAAACUUUUUUCUGUCCAUAUUUAUGUUAAAAAAAAUAAAUUUACCAAAAUCCGUUAUCGUAACUAAAUUCAAAUGUUAAAGUUAUUGCUGACAAUUUACAUUUUUAAAAUUGUGGUUCUCAUCAUUGCAUAUUUGAACAUGUUCUUCGUUUGCCAAUAUUUUGUGUUUAGCUCUUUUGCUAAUCUUUUUUAUACCCAACAUUUUACAUUGAUAACUGUUGUUAAAUGAGAAAAUUUUGAAAAUAAAUAUUUACCUG